AUGUCGAACAUAAUUGUUAGCUUUACCACUGUCGCAACGACUGUCUUCAUCUUGGGAGCCAUCGGAAUGGUUGGCUACUUGGUCAAUGACAUCAACAACUUCUAUGAUGAUGCCAUGUCUGAUCUUAACGAAUUCAAGUUGUUCGCUAAUAACGCUUGGACCAACAUGAUCGAUUCCAAUGGCGUAUCCGUCAGACACGAACGUUCUGUAUUCAACAGAAAAGCCAAGAGACAAUCUUCUUGCAACUGUGGACGUCAACCAAAUAACUGCCCACCAGGACCAGCUGGACCCCCAGGACAACCAGGAGACCGUGGAGAGGAUGGUUACCCAGGACAAGACGGACAGCCAGGACAACCAGGAUCUUCUGUACCAGGUGGUCCAAACCCAGGAGAAUGUAUUGUCUGCCCUGCCGGAGCACCCGGUCCACAAGGACCAGACGGACCAGCUGGACCAGCCGGACAAGACGGACAACCAGGAAACUCAGGAGGAUCUGGACAAGAUGGACAACCUGGACCACCAGGACCACAAGGAGAUGCUGGAUACCCAGGAGAGCCUGGACAAGAUGGAGCUCCAGGACAACCAGGACAACCAGGCACUCGCUCUGUUGGCAGACCAGGACCCGCAGGACCACAAGGACCAGCUGGAACACCAGGAUACGAUGGAAACCCAGGUAGCCCAGCUGGGCCAGGACAACAAGGAGCUCCAGGACCAGCUGGACCCGACGGAAAUGACGGACAACCUGGCCAAGAUGGACAACCAGGAGCUCCAGGAGAGGCUGGACAACCAGGUGGAGAUGCCGCUUACUGCCCAUGCCCAUCACGUGGAGGACCCGUCCCAACCCCAAUCCGUGACGCUCCAGUUCAUGUUGAAGGAAGCAGCACUGGAUACAGAAGACGUGUUGCCAAGAAAGUUCUUCGUCACAGACAUGCUAAGGCUGCCUAA